AUAUUUGGGACAGAUGAUGGAAAUUAUAGAAAUGGCUAUGAGUCUUGUGUACAACCUAACAUCUGUGCUAGCAGGAUUUUUGAUGAUAGCAGGGUGAUUUUGGAUUUUGAACAGAAGGAAAAUGGAGAAGGGCAGAUUGAGGAGUGAGAGGGUUGGUAAGAAAGCCAACCUCAACCAAGUCUCUGAAGUGUUAAAAUCAUUGUAUAAUAUUGAAGAAGACCUUGAUGGGAAUCUCACUCUUCAAAAGCUUCCCAGUAAAGAGAUGAACUCAGAUAACCAACACGGAUGCAGUCAGAGUAAAAUACUCCUGAAUGACAGUAACAAGACUAUAGAAAAAGGUGAAAGCGUUACUAGGAAACUAUGAGACUGGACAAUGCAUAAAAUAACCCAGAUAAGUAAAUAAAAACAAUGUUUCAAACCGAGUCAAGAGUAUUCAAGAGUUCAUCAAGUUUAAAAUGUGCAUCCUCUACUUUGAAGUCUCUGAUAGCGAGAUCAAAGAGGAAUCUAAAGAAAUAGGGAACCUGAAGAACAAAGAAGAAACUUGUAUCAACCAGAUGAAUUUCUUAUUGCAAGAAGGAUUAAGAUACACUAUCAAGCUGAGGAAAGUUAAUCUGAAGACUGCUAUUUCAGGGUCUAUUAGAUACCAUUCCUUAAAGAUUCCUUAUCAUCAACAGAGUCUUGAUGAUAUUCACCCUUGGAAGUUGCUUGAAAGAAUCUUAUACACAUUGCUGUACAUAAUUAUAAAGAAAUCUAAGCUUUCUGAGGAGAUUCUUCUUCACAGUUUCGACUUAGAUGAAAAUCUGGGAAAAUUUCCCCAGUACAAGAUAGGACUCCAAUCAGUCCUCAGCGAAUUAGAGGAAGAGCAUAAAUAUUCUAUGGACAAUUAUCUAUUCAUGUCUAUCCAAGCAGAUUGCUUGAAGAACAAAGACUUAAACUUGGCUUCAUUGAUAAACAAUUGAAAGAAAUCAUUGAAAAAGUAUGAUGGAAGUUUACUCUUCCAUAGACAAGAAGAGCAUAGAUAUCCAGACCAGUUACCAGAAGUCACUGGCAUUCUUAACGCUCUAGAUCCAGUCAUCCUCAUAGCUAUUCCUUUCGAGAGGUACAAAAAGAUGACUUAUGAGGACUGGUCUCCUGAUUCUAUCAUGGAGGGAGGAAUGGUUCAGAAUCCUAAAAUUUUCGAAAACCAUGACACUUUGCUAAAUUAAUAUUCCAUUUUUAA